AUGAUGGACGAUGUAGGUCUAUUGGAUGUAUUUGAUAAACGUUAUGUUGAAGGUGAUGCAUGGCAUUAUAGAUUUUUCGUUCCACAUGAUACUGAUGGAUUAAUUGAAUUAUUUGGUGGUACGGAUGAAUUUAUAAAAGAGUUGGAAAUAUUUUUUAAAAAUAGUCAAAUUUGGCAUACAACAACAUUACCAAAUCCGUAUUAUUGGCCAGGAAAUGAGCAUAAUUUAUUUAGUGUGUGGCAGUUUAGUUAUGCCAAUCGCAGUGAUUUAACUCAACUAUUUUCAAGAUGGUUGACAAAACAUGUAUAUUCUACUCAACCAAAUGGUAUUCCAGGUAAUGAUGAUUAUGGUACUAUGUCGGCAUGGUAUCUUUUUGCUAGUAUGGGUAUAUAUCCGCUUUCUGGAAGUUCAACAUACAUUCUUGGAAGUCCAGAUUUCAACAAAAUAACAAUUAAUAGAAAUAAUGGUGCAUGUCCAUUAACUAUCAUAGCACAUAAUAAUUCAGAUCAAAAUAUAUAUGUGCAAAAAGUUUUACUAAAUGGGAUACCGUUAACAACAUUUCCGUUCAUAGAUCAUGUUCAACAUUUAACAUGUUUGUCCGAAGGAAAACAAACAAUUCAACUUGAUUUUUAUAUGACAGAUAAAGUAGUAAAUUAG